UGAAGACAACAGAAUAAACACAAUCGAAGACAAUGCAUUCAGUGCUUUGACAAAAUUAAAGACUCUAUACCUUGUUUCGAACGAGUUGACUACGAUAGAGAAAACCACCUUUUCUGGCUUGACGAACCUGGAGGACUUGAAAUUGGGCAGAAACAGAAUAACCACUAUCGAAGAUAAUGCAUUCAGUGGUUUUACAAAUUUGACGAAACUAUAUCUAAACAAUAACAACAUUACUACAAUCACGAACAACCAACUUGCUGGUUUGACGAUCUUGGAGACACUGUCUUUAACAUCCAACUUUAUAUCCACAAUAGAAGACCAUGCAUUCAGAGGUUUGAAAAAAAUACGGGAAAUUUAUCUGCAUCGAAACAGAAUAAAUACGAUAAAGGACAACCUAUUUAAUGGUUUAAUGAACUUAGAGACCUUGUUUCUAUUCGAUAACAGUAUAACCAAAAUAGAGGACAAUGCAUUCAGUGAUUUGACAAAAUUGAAGAUACUACGUCUUGAUAACAACAGGAUAUCCUCCAUAAAAAACAUCACAAUAAGCGGGUUGACAAAUCUACGAGAUCUGAGAAUACAGGAUAAUCCUUUUCACUGCGAUUGUGAGUUGAUAGGCCUGGUCGAUUUCCUUAAAUCUGGACGUGUCUCCGUUUCUGGAGAUCCACGCUGCUUCACUCCUGAGAACUUAAACGGAGCUUCAUUGGUCAGUCUAUCAGCUGCAAACUUGACCUGUUCCGACACAAUUGAUGAAACCAAUUCUGCACCUUUGAAAGAAGGGAACUUUCUGGUUAUAGUAUACCUGUUUUUAUGUUUGCUUGUUAAAUCCAUGAUGGACUUUUAGAAUACAGGAAUAAAACCAAAUACAGAUAUUGAUUUCAAAACAAUUCGAAAGAAAACGCUUAGAAUGACUUAAAAAUUAAUGAAAACAGUGGACAAACUAUUUAUACCCUUGAAAAAUCAGUGAAUUUUUCGAAUAUAUCGAUAUCGGGAAUAAUGGAAAUUGGAGAGAGCAAGAAAUACAUUUUGUAACUAUAAAUUCAAUCAUAUUUUGUUGGGUAUAGAUCAGUAGAACAUCAUAGGAUAAGAUUACAACCUGGUAUAACAGUUUUUGAUUCAAAAAUUUGGUUAAGGACAGAUGAUACAAACAAAUUUUAUCUUUGGAGGAGACUUAAUAUCAUGUUACAAGUUUAGAAAAGUGGAUAAUUCUUACAAUUUUUUCUCCUAAUAAUUGGAAAAUGAAAAAGACUUAGAAAAUAUUAGUAAUAUUUCAAUAAAAUUAUAAAAAUAGAUAAAACACAGUCAAAAAAGGUUUACAGAUGAGAAUAAAUUUGUUUUUUUUUAUUGAAAUAUUAGUAAUAUUUUACAAGUCUAUUUCAUUUUCCAGUUCUUAGGAGAAAACAUUUUAAGAAUUAAGAAAACUUGUGACA